GUAUGCAUAAGAAACGCUUAUAUAUAUAUUCUUAAUUGCCGGUCAAUACUAUGACUGGAAUUUCUAUACGCCCUUCGAGGAAUACAGGAUGAUUACAGAUAGUUACCAAAAGCCGCUUUAAGGCAAGAGUUCUAGACGUAAGACACUAUGGCUCAGCUGCAGGUCACACCUGCGGUGCUCGAGUUUCAGAACGUUCAGUCGGGGAAUGUUCUGAGCGCUUGGGUGACAGUCAAGAACCUCGAUGCGAGGACUCGCACCGUUAAGGUCAGGCCCCCGAAGACCAAGUACUUUGCAUUGCGGGAGUUCUUUAAGCCCCAGAGCUUGGCGGGUGGGCUGGAGACUCGCUUCGAGGUCUUAUUCGAUGGGGACAAGCUGGAGCCGGACCGGCAGCACGUGCAGGACAAAAUCGUGAUUCAAACGGAGAACGGGAGCUACGAGCUGCAGGUCAAGGCCUCCGCGCCCCGUGCCGACGUGCGUAUCGUGGGCGACCUCAACCUGGGUCUGCUGCCCAGCGACAGCAAGGCUUCCAAGCGCUUCCAGUUGGUGAAUGAGGGGGCGGCGCCAACCGCCUUCAAAAUAGACUGGGACAGGGUUAUGCCCUGGACCGUCACCCCCGCCGCCGGCAUGUUGGAGCCGGGCGGUGUGCCCCUGGACGUGACCCUCAGUGUGACGGUUGGCGAGCCGGGCAGCCUGGUGGGGGAGCUGCUGGUGCUGCUGGGGGGUGCGGGCGGGGAGGCCAAGAAGGUGCUACUUAGCGGCACUGUGCUGAGGCAGUCGUUUGACCUGAUCGACUCGGCGGGGGCGAUACUGACGGAGCUGGACUUUGGCAGCCUGUACUACGGCCAGAGCUCGGAGCGCGAGGUGACCCUCUUCAACAACGGUCCCGUGGAGGCUCGAUACAUCAUCACGUACGGCACCCUAACCGAAAUGAGAUCCAAAGUGGAUGACGAAGCCGCCGCCAAUGCAGAUCCCGGCGACCCCUACGCUGACGUCAUCAUGACGGCUCGUCAACGCCAAAAAGCUCGUUCCACGGGCGAUAACCCCUUCCACCUCACUCCGCUUUCCGGCGUGAUCCCCCCCUACUCUAAGGCUAGCGUCAUGGUGUCGUACACGCCCACGCAACCCACGCCCGCCAAGGGUUUUGCAUGUCUGGCACCCUCCAGCGAUCAGGCCAUGCGAACGUACGAGUACUUUGCGGUUGUGGAGUUGCUGGGGUUACCCACGAAGCUGAAGCUGCCCAUUCGCGCUCGCGGCAUGCCUGGCGGGUUGAGGUUGUCGGCCAGUAGCCUGGCGUUUGGCGACGUGGCGACGCAUGCAUGGGCGGACCGGCUGCUUACCAUCAGCAACACCAACAGCAGCAUGGGAGCCAAGUUCCAGACCGCCAAGUCGCUGCCGUACUUCUCCGUGGACCCUCCCUCCGGCUCCGUGCUGCCCGGGGGCAGUGUGCAGGUGCUGGUGAGGUACCAGCCCAAGGCGAUGGGAAAACACGCGGGCACCAUUCCCUUCAAGGUGUUCAGCGAGACGGGCCAGCUGAUCCAGGAGAUGAGUCUGGAGCUGUCCGGCACCAGCCAGCGGCUGGGCGAGAAGGGUGCCCCGGUGGGCGGCACGGACAAACUGCCCGCGGACUUUGUGAAGCAGCGGCACUUUGUGGACGAGGAACAGGCCAUGCUGACCACCUUGGAGGCCCGUCAGAAGAGCAGCCGCCUGCUCACCCAGCCCUGGGCCAAGCCCGAGCUGGCGGACAGCUACCCCGACGUGAGCGGCAAGCAGACGCUGUGUCGGGCAGAUGCGGCAGCGGUGGCGGCGCACCGGGACAAGUACACGGCAGCCAUGAGGGAGCGGCGGCUGGCGCGGGAGCACCAGCGGAAGAAUGGGAGGGUCGCGGAGGACGAUGUGAACCUGGGCCUGGACACCCGCAGCGGCCUGGCGCCCCCCGAGCCGCGCCUGCCCCGCUCCGUGGACCCCCUGUGGCGGGUGGACGGCAGUCGGGAGGCGGCCCCCCGCACCCUGCGGCAGCUGGGGGCGGCGGACCUGGAGGGGGCGCACCAGUGGAAGCCGCGACCCGUGACGGAGCAGGAGCGGAUUGAUUGUUCCCGCGAGCUGACCCGCGAGGAGCUCUCCCGCCUGGUGGUGGGCCCCCGCCUUGUUGACUUUGGCAAGGUGUCCAUGGGCAGCACCAACACGCGGCACCUGGUGCUGCACAACACGCUGGAGGGGCACAUCAACGUGGUGCUGGACCUGAAGCCGCUGGAGAUGCUGCGGGACAGCCCCGCCAUCAGCCAGGUGGUGCCGCCGGGGGCCAGGGCGGCCUUCCCGCUGGUGCUGCAGGCCACCGAAAUCCGCAGCGUCAACGAGAAGGUGGAGUACUGCGUGAACGGCAACCACGUGCUCUCCUUCCCGCUCUCCGCGGACAUCGUGCCCGUCAACCUGGACUUCUCAGCGGACGACCUGCACUUCCAACUCAGCCUGGACAACUGGGAUGAGGCGGUGGAGAAGGUGCUCAUCCUGGAUAACCCGCACAAGUUCCCUGUUAACUUCAGUGUGGAGUCCACCAACCCGGCGUUCCUGGUAUCCGCUGGCGGCGGCGGUGUGAUCCGCAGCCAGUCCUCUGUGGAGGUGGCGGUGCGUUGGGCGCCCGACAUGCUGGGGCCGCCCAAGCAGGAGGGGCACCUGGUGGUCAAGAUGGUGGGAGGCGAGGCCCCCAAGCGCAUCCUGAUGACGGGCGACCUGCCGGAGGGCAACGUGCGCCCCCGCGAGCGGGAGCUGGUGGCGGCGGUGGCGCCCGUGGGCAUCCCGCAGUGCGCGGUGCUACAGAUCAAGAACCACGGUAGCCGGGACACGGCAUUCCGCUUCCACCCCAAUGAACAGCUCUCCAUUCGCCCCCCCGGCGGCCGCAUCUCUGCGGACGAGACGCUGGACAUCGAGGUGCUCUUCACCGCCUCGCAGCCGGGGGUGCUGGCGAGUGUGCUGGUGCUGGAGAUGCGCGGGGGCAGCACCGUGCGCAUCCCCUUCCGGGCGGAGGCGGUGGUACCCAGCGUUGAGAUCGAGCAGGACGAGUUCAGCUUCGGCUCGGUCUUCGUGGGCAGCUCCAGCCGCUUGCCGCUCACCCUGCGCAACACCUCCCCCGUGCCGGCAACCCUCAUGCUCGACCUGGCAGCACACCCCGACUUCCAGCUGCUCUGCCCCAAGGACGCCUGGUCUCCCGAGGACUACGAGAGCUGUCCGCUGGAGGCGAUUGGCGCGACGGGGGGCCCGUUGCUGGGCAGUCGGUUCGGGAGUGCGCGGGGCAGCAGGCAGGGCAGCAGGCGGCAGUCGUCGUCGCUGGGGUUCAGGAUGGCGGCCGCCUCCGAGGGUUACAAGUACCGCAUCACCAUCAACCCGGCUCGGGAGCUGCCGCUGCUGCUCAACUUCCGCCCCUCCGAGCAGCGAGUGCGGGAUGUGGAGCUGGCGUUGCAGCUGGUGACGGCGGGGGGGUACUCGGUGCCACCGCUGAGGAAGGUCGCCAGCGGCACGGGUGUGAUGCCGCGCAUCAUCCUGUCCAAGACGCUGGUGGACUUCGGGACCAAGGUGGUCAUCCGAUCCAACCAGAUAAAGGCGCCGUACGCCAUUGACGUGUACGUAACCAACCAGGAGGACACCCCCAUGACGGUGUCCUUCGGCGAGCCGCUGCCCGCCCCGCACGCCGCCGGCUGCCCCGUGAAGGGCAUCUUCUCACUGGACCUGCCGCCGGGGGCACCACUGCAGGUUGGCGGUCUUGAGAUGGUGGGGGUGCAGGUGCGGUUCUGUCCCCGCGACUCGCGCACCUACGAGGCGCUCAUCCCCGUGUACCUGGACGGGGAGCUGGAGGAGCCCUACCUGCACAUCGAGGUGCAGGGGGUGGGGCAGUACCCCAGGCUCACCUUCGACAUGCGCGAGUGCCUGCUGCCGCCCGUGCCACUGGGUCUUCGCUCCACUGCCACCUUCUACGUGCUCAACAACGGCUACGACAACCUGGAGCUGAAGCACAAGCUGCCCGCGGACGAGGGACACCUGCCGCUGGAGGUGGAGUUUCCGGAGGGGACAAUCAUAGGCCUGGCCAAGGACCGGCUGCCCGUGGUAGUUUCCUUCAUGUGCCCCAAGCCCAUGUCCUUCACCGCCAACAUCGACUUCAUGGACGAGGACGGAAAGCGCUUCUCCAUGCCGGUGACGGGCACAACAGACAACUCGCUGCUGACGCACCAUGCGUUCAUGGAGAUCAACAAGGCCCACCUGGUGUUCAGCCACGAGCCCGGCAUGCCCGUCUUCCUGGAGGAGGCGCACUACGCGCUCCCGCCCCCGCCCCUGUGCCUGGGUCCGCAGGCGCCCUGCAAUGGGGUGGCGGCCUACCUUAACGCCACCACCACCCGCGGCCCCUUCGAUGACCUGGGUGCGCAGAUGAUGAGCAGCCGGGGGAAGCUGCUGGUGGAGAUCGUGGAGCUGCUGAGCGGCAAGGCGGUGCCGGGGAAGAUUUUCAAGAUCUCCAACAACCGCAAGGAGGCCGUACGGCAGCUGCUGCAGCAGUACGAUGCCGUACUGGUGUUCCUGAAGAGCCACGGCUGCCUGUUGAACCAGGUGAAGCCGGAGAUGCUGCUGGAGUAUGACGACUUCUGCCGCGUCAUGAACGAGCGCAGCAGUGCCGCCCCCGACCACAGCGACCAGCUGGAGGCGCUGGACAUGUGGGCGGAGGUGGAGUGCAACUUCGACGUGGUGAGCAGCCAGGCUUGGAACGCGCUGGUGCUGCAGGUGUUCAAGGUGUUCGUGCUGGGGCGGGUGACGCUCAAGAGCCUGCGGGGCAUGCCGGGCAACGAGGGCCUGCAGCUGCCCCCCGACUCCUCCAUCAUCGGCUCCAACUACUACAGCGUGGCGGAGAGCGCGCUGCUGGCCUGGAUGAGCGCGCACUGCACCCGCGAGUACGGACCCAAGUUCCAGAGGGUUACCAACUUUGAUAGCGACCUGUCCGACGCCAGCGUGUUGUUCGCGCUGUUGUCCGGCUACUGGCCGGGUCUUGAGAAGAAGAAGAAGCUGCUGCGGCUGGACUGCCGGGACGAGCAGGACAAGCGGGAGAACGCGGAGAUGGUGCUCCGGAUCAUGGCGGAUCUGGGUCUGCCGUACGAGGUGACCGUUGACGACGUUGUGGCCCCCAACAGCCAGGACAUGAUGGUGCUGGUGCUGUACCUGCACCACACGCUGCCGCAGUUCGUGCCCAAGGCCAGCAUCGAGUUCGCAUGCAAGCUGGGGGAGACGCAGUGCAAGGAGCUGGAGCUAACCAACCCCGGCAAGAAGGCCAUCAGCUACUCCGCUCGUCUGGAGGGGCACCGGGACUUCUCCAUCGAGUCCUCCUCCGUGCGCAUCGAGCCCAAGAGCACCGCCAAGCUCAUGAUCCGCUGCACGCCCACAAACACACUGUCGCAGACCUCCCGUCUGGUACUCAUGAGCAAGCGCGAGGGCGGGGUGCACGCAGCCACCCUCGUGUUCCUGCUGCAAUGCCGGGUAAACACACGCGCGCCCCUGAAGCGGGUGCGCACGGAGGGGCCGCUGUACGACAUGCAACAGUUCGAGUUCACCGUCAGCAAUCCCUUCCCGGCGGACGGCGAUUUCACCAUCACCAUCCUGCACGAGCCCGCUGAGCCGCUGCCCAAGAAGGAGGAGGAGGCGGGGGCGGGCGGCAAGGGCGGGGCGGGGCGGCAGGGGGCACGCGGGGGGGCGGGCGGCAGGGGGGCGAGUAUGAUGCGGAGGUCACGGAAGAGCACGGGGUUUGGAGAGGCCCAAUUCGACGACCCCCUCUCCUUCAAGCUCUCCGGCACGCGCGUGUGGCCCGACGCCUUCGGGCUGGACCGCAACCGGCUGCGUCUGAAGCAGAACGCCAGCGAGCGCAUCAAGGGCUUCUUCCUGCCCUUCUCCAUGAGCACCGCCUACUGCACGGUGCUGUUCAGGGACAAGGAGCAGGGCGAGUUCUGCUACGAACUGGUGGGGGAGCCGGGACUGCCGGCGCCCAUCAUGGAGGUCAAGGGUGCCGUCCCGCUUGAGGCCCCCGCGCAGCUGUACGACCUGGUGCUGCCCUUCCAGAACUCCGCACUGGAGGCGGCCAAGCGCGCCUUCCAGGAGAAGCACCCGCUGGCCAAGGACAAGGAGCAACUGGCGCUGCUAAAGCAGGACCCGUUCAAGGGGGCCGAGGUGGUGUACAGUGUGACCCAGACCAACAGCCUCAUGACCGCCCCCUCGCACCUCACCCUCUCCGCGCGACCCACACUGCCCCUGCUGGCAGCACUGGAGACGGGGGG